UCACAUGUCGUCUUUUAAAAACAUGAAAAUUUGAACCCAUCAUAAUGUACGUAUAUCAAUGCAAAAAUCGAACACGUAAAUAUUUGGAUGAUUUAAUCUUUUUUUUUGUUUGAAAAAAAUUAUGCGUUCAGUAUCAGAAAAUCCAUCAUUAAUCUAUGGAUUAGAUCAUGAAUGUCGUGCAUUAUGUUCACAAUAUAGUGAACAUCUUCCAUCACGAUUCUUUAUCGGUACACAAUCAUUAAAAUCGAAUGAAAAUCAAGUUCAUCUAUUGGAAUAUAUUGAAGAAAGUAAUUCAUUAUUGAAAGCUGUAUUUCAACAUCGUUCCGGUGAGAUAUGGCAUAUAAUAUCAUUUUCAAAACAACCACAACAACUAUUAACCUGUUUUUCAUCAUUAUCCGAAUCGAAUAAGAUUGAGAAUCGUUUUACAUUAUGGCGAAUACCCAUUGAUGUGACGGAAAAUCUGAAUGAAAAUGAAAAUGCCACCUCAUUGGAACUGGAAAAAUGUCAUACAUUCAACCGGAAUGAUUUUGAUGAAAAUUCUGGCCGAUUAGCUCGAUUAAAACCGGAAGAAGAGGAUGAAUUGAUUUUAUGUUUGGAAACCAAAUUAGCCUACAUUGAUCUGGAAACAAGACAAAUGAAACGUUAUAUUACCGUUGAUAAUCCCGGUGGCCCUAAAACAACAACCAGUCGUUUGUCAAAAAUAUCUACAUGUAAUUGGAGUCCACAUUUUAGUUCAAAUAUUGUCACCAUUGUUUGUAAUAAUAAUAUAUAUGCAAAAGAUUUACGAUCAUCAUCGAAUCAUGCCUGGCAAAUAUCACAAGCUCAUAGUCAAAUGGUACGUGAUAUGGAUUUCAAUCCAAAUUCACAGCAUUAUCUUGCUACAUGUGGUGAUGAUUGUGAGGUAAAAUUCUGGGAUAUUCGUGAUACAACGAAACCGGUAUUGAAAAUGUUACAUCAUUCACAUUGGGUUUGGUCCGUACGUUAUAAUUCAUUCCAUGAUCAUCUUGUACUAUCAUCAAGUAGUGAUGGAAAUGUCAAUCUACUAAGAGCAUCAUCAAUUGCAUCACAACCAUAUGGACAACUUAUCGAACAGGAAGAUUUAUUAGAUGAAGAAGAGGAUUCAACCAUAAAACGUUUAUUAGUUUCUGAUCAACGACAAUCUCGAAAUGAUGAUGGUCUUAUCCGAAAGUUUGAAGAUCAUGCUGAUAGUGUUUAUGCAAUUGAAUGGUCACCUAAUGAUCCAUGGAUUUUUGCAUCAUUAAGCUAUGACGGACGUUUAAUUAUUAACAAGGUACCUGAAGAUGAAAAGAUGAAUAUUCUUGUUUGACCAAACACAUUUUUUUGGUUACCAUGGUGAUUGUCGUUUGAAUUGUUUAUGGUCAUCAUUUUAUUCGAGUAUAGAAAAUCUUAUUAUUCAAGAAACAAAAUGGUGCCUACUUUUCAAAGAAACUCCAAGAUGACAAUCAUAACUAAAUCGUCGAUCAAUUUCAUUCUGAUUUUAACAUUAUUUCACGGGAUUGUUCAAUCAAUCAUUUUUUCCUAUAAAGCAUCUGUAUUCACCUAUCGUACAUUGAUAUUUUGGCUGGAGAUGUUGUUAUUCGUUUCAAUCCUGAUAACCGAAUUCAAUUUAUUGGCAUUACUUCGACAUCGACAUUUAUCGAUACCGCUGCUGUAUGCCCUUAAUUUAAUGCUAAACAUUGUCUAUUCAUUGUUAUGGCAACAAUAUCUUUUAAUGUUUGAAUGUAUAAUGUUAAUCUCUGUAUCCAUAUUGAAAGUUUUAUUAUUUUCUGUAUUAUCCUUUUUAUAAAAAUAAAAUCAUUGAA